ACCUCUAUCAUCAGUGCCACCUGCCAGUGCCACAGUGCCACAUCAAUGCCACAUAUCAGUGCCCAUCUGAGCUGCCUUUCAGUGUUGCCUAUCAGUGCCAGUCAGUGCCACCUAUCAAUGCCAGUCAGUGCCACCUAUCAGUGCUGCCAAUCAGUGCCAUCUAUCAGUGCCAAUCAGUGCUGCCUAUCAGUGCCCUGCCAGUCAGUGCCACCUAACAGUGCCAGUCAGUGCCACCUAUCAAUGCCAGUCAGUGCCACCUAUCAGUGCUGCCAAUCAGUGCCAUCUAUCAGUGCCAAUCAGUGCAGUGCCCGUCAGUGCCGCCUAUUAGUGCCGCCUAACAGUGCC